AUGGUAGAAGAGGCAAUGGACGUCGAUGGGGCUGAUCAGGAAACGGUGGCCAAGAGCCUCGAGAAGUACAAGGCCCGCCGGCGACAAAUCGAACAAGAGGAGAAGAAGCGUCAGCGAGAAGGGCUGCUCUCGUCCGGCGAGUCCGAUCUGGAGAUGGACCUCUUCGUGCCGGCACACAAGCGCCGGAAGGAGAAGGCGAUGCGCCGAGCAUUGGUGCAAACAGUGCUCACCGUCGGCACGAGCACGAAGAACGCCACACGCGAGGAGGAGGAGGCACGCAAGAGGAAGGAGGCCGAGCGAGCCAAGGAGGAAGAGAAGAAGAGUUUGCUCGAGAAACACAGUGACGUGCCCGAGGAGGUCGUCCAAGACCCCGUCGAUGUACAGCGCCAAGAGGAGGAGGCCAUCCUCGCCUCGCUGAACGACCAAAACUCCCUGCUCGCCAUCACCGAAGCGGCGCGUGGUGUCGUCUACGAACAGUCGCUGAAGACCAGCUGGCGCCCGCCCUAUCACAUUAGAAAACAAAGUGAAACCGACCACGCUACAAAUCGGCGAAAGAGGGGAAUCACAGUGGAAGGCGAAGAUCCGCCGCCGGCGAUUGGCAGCUUCCUGGAGAUGAAGUACCCGAAGUGCAUCUUGGACGCGUUGCGUGAGAAGAACAUCACCGUGCCCACCGCAAUUCAGGUACAAGGCUGUCCCGUAGCUCUCAGCGGUCGUGACAUGAUCGGCAUUGCAUCUACAGGCUCCGGAAAAACGAUAACCUUUGCCCUGCCGAUGGUCAUGUUCGCGCUGGAGCAGGAGACGGCACUGCCCUUUGACCGUGGAGAGGGCCCAUUUGCCCUGGUCAUCGUCCCCUCCCGUGAAUUGGCUCAUCAAAUCCACGAUGUUGUCAGCGAUCUUUGCCACGGGCUGGCCCGAGCCCGAUACGCACAAAUCCGAGUCGCGCUGUGCAUUGGCGGCGAGCCGUUAGGCGAACAAGCGCGCAUGUUCCACCAAGGCGUCCACAUUUGCAUCGCGACGCCGGGCCGGCUGUCCGACAUGCUGUCAAAGAAGAUCUUCAACCUGCAGCUGUGCCGUUAUCUGGUGCUCGACGAAGCCGAUCGAAUGUUGGACAUGGGCUUUGAGGACGAGAUCAAGAGCAUUUUCUCGUAUUUCAGAGCCCAGCGCCAAACCCUGCUCUUCUCGGCAACGAUGCCAAAAAAGAUUCAAAUUUUUGCGAAGAACGCCCUCGUCCGCCCUAUCAUUGUCAACGUGGGCCGUGCCGGAGCAGCCUCACUCAACGUGCGCCAAGAAUUUGAGUUUGUCAGCCGCGAGGAAAAGCUCGUCAAGGUGCUCGAAUCGCUGCAAAAGACGUCUCCCCGAGUGUUGAUUUUUGCUGAGAAGAAGCUCGACGUCGACAACAUCUACGAAUAUCUUCUUGUGAAAGGCGUGGAAGCGGCGGCGAUACACGGUGGAAAAGAUCAGAAGGAUCGUCACGAGGGUAUCGAAGCGUUCCGCCGCGGUGACAAAGACGUGCUCGUCGCGACAGACGUCGCCUCCAAGGGUCUCGAUUUCAAGGGCAUCGAACACGUGCUCAACUUUGACAUGCCCGACGAUAUCGAGAAUUAUGUCCAUAGGAUCGGUCGUACUGGACGGUCAGGACGGCGUGGUCUGGCGACAACGUUCAUCAACCGACGGACGGACAUGAACAUCAUGGCGGACCUGAAGCAGUUGCUGAUCGAAGCCGGACAGCCACUUCCGGAAAUGCUUCAAGAUCUCGGCGGAGGCGACGAUGCUGCACAGAGUCAAAACGGUACCGGCCAAGACCGUGGUUGCGCCUACUGCUCAGGCCUGGGCCAUCGCAUCACCGACUGCCCGAAACUCGUCGGCAUCCAGGCCAAGGCCACCCAGAAUAUGCAGCGAGCCGCCGGCGAAGAGGGUCACUAU